UAGUACUCGAAAACGGUCUUGGUCUCGAGACCGGUCUUAAGACCAUUUUUUGAUAGUCUCGGUCUUGUCUCGGACUCGACCACAUUUGGUCUCGGUCUUGUCUCGGUCUCGGACAUUGAGGACUCGGUAUUUUAUUUCAAGACCGGUCAAGACCACAACUGUGAAAAUAACGCUAAAUCAUCAGUAUCAAUUUCUUUAAGAUCCUUCUUUUUAUUGGAUGCACUCCUGAUUCAAAUCCAAGCAAUAACCCGUCUCAUUGGUAAAUGCAUGUUGUUGUUUUUUUAACUGCUGUCGCCCCACCCCCUUUCACCUUGAGCGCGGACUGCAGCACUUCGAUUGAAAGUUACAAGUGGUUGUCUGAGAAGGGGAUAAGAUGUCGGCCAAAUCAUCGGUUAUAAAAUUUGGCUAUUUAAAUCACAAACAAUACAUUUGUAAAGCAACAUUGAGAAAAAAGCAUACAGCGCAAUGUAAGUUCUGCAGUGCUUCACUAUCAGAGACGGUGGGGACUACGUCCAACUUUUAUCGACACCUUGAAAGAAAGCACAAAGAAAGGUUCCUGGAAUACAAGGCAGGGCAACAGAGUGAUGUCACACAGCCAACAAUAUCGUUAUUUACACAGAAAGUGCAGCUCUACAGCCCACAAUCGCCAAGGCAGCAAGCCAUCAGUGAAGCCAUUGUUCAAGAUUUGAUCAUUGGAUGUUGUCUGCCCCUCUCCCUCGUGGAAAAUGGACACUUUAAACACUUUCUUGAAGUCCUGGACAGUAAAUACACACCAAUCUCUAGAAAAACAGUUUCUGAGAGACGAAUUCCAGAAUUGGUCAGAAAAGUCAAGGAAACUGUCUUGGAGAAACUGAAGACCCAGUCGUCUGUGUCAUUAACAACUGACCUUUGGUCUGAUCGCAGGCUACGCUCCUUUCUUGGGGUGACUGCCCAUGUGUGCUACAAAUCUAAAGAUUGCUAUGCACUUGAAUCCUACCUGCUGGACUGUAGGCGUUUUACAGGGAGGCAUACUGGAGAGCACAUUGCGUCUGCCUUUGCCUUUGUACUGUUCAUGAAAGGCAGAGAAAAUACUAUUUUGAUCGACUUUGAUUGUUUGAAAUUCUGUGAUUACAACAUAGAAGUACUAAAUAAAGAUGUUUAUGUUUAUUCCAGUUCUCUGUGUAAAAUAUCUAGGUGUUUUUACGUGAAUGUGGGUCUUUUAGAUCAAUUUUAGUGAUUUUGAUCAUGUUUCACAUUUUAUUGUCACAUACUGGCACUGGUCUUGGUCUUGACUCGGUCUCGACUUCCCUCGGUCUUG